AUGUUUCAUCUUCUCGCUUCCACCAUCAUGCUCAACGCUUUGUCGGCGUUGCCUAUCUUUGCCUCGGGGUCACCAACUCCCGGAACCUCACCCCCGGCAUUAGGUGUAAGGAACCAAAUCAAUUGCGACUCUGAAUAUGAGGGCUACGCCUUUCUUUACUUCAGUAACCGUGGGGAAAACAUCUAUCUGGCUGCAAGCAACGGAAAUAAUGCUUUAUCUUUCACUGAGCUCAACAAUGGCAAGCCCAUCUUGACUUCCACUGAAGGCGACCGUGGAGUCCGCGACCCUUUCAUCUUGAGGUCACAUGAUGGUAGCAAGUUUUACAUCCUUGCUACAGAUCUUUGCAUCGGCUGCGGAACAAGCUGGGGGGACGCCCAGCGAUUUGGAAGCCGGUAUCUUGAGAUCUGGGAAUCGAAUGACCUUGUCACAUUCAGUGCACAGCGUCAUGUUGAGGUCUCGCCUGCCAAUUACGGCAAUACUUGGGCACCCGAAGCUUACUAUGACGAGGAACUUCAAACUUACGUCGUUUACUGGGCAUCUGGCAUUUAUGACAACGAAUCAAACCCAAGUCAUGAUCCUAUUGAAUACCAGCGUAUGCUUUAUGCGACUACGGAGGACUUUAUUACCUUCAGCGAACCCAAGGUGUGGCAGGACGAUCCACCCCAUGGCAGAAUUGACUCGACUGUGAUUAAGGAGGAUGGAGUCUACCAUCGUUUCACCAAAGCCACUGUUGACGGUUGUGCGGAUAUUGUUCACGAAAGCAGUUCCUCGCUCACUGCGACCUUAGAUGAAUGGAAUGUUAUAGCCACAUGCAUUGGAAAGAACGCUGGAACUCAAGACGUGGAAGGCCCUUCAAUCUUCAAGACCAAUUGUCAGGAUGUCAAUGGUCCUAGAUAUAUCCUUCUGGCCGACGAAUUCGGCGGAGACGGCUAUGUUCCACUCGAAUCAACUAACCUGUCUGGUGGGAAAUGGACGCUGGGUAAAGAUUACAAUUACCCCAAGUCUCCUCGACAUGGCACCAUUAUCCCACUGACCCUGAACGAAUUGGAGACCAUUCAGAAGGCCUUUCCUAAUACAGCUUAG